CACCAUUUACUUAACAAAACGUGCAAUAAGUGUAUCAGUCCACGUGGGAAAGUACACUGAAGCCAUCAUUAUGGAUACUAUACUUACUGAUAAACGCUUUGCGCAUAUUACCAGAGAUCCUAAAUUUAAACGGAUUCCAAAAAUUGGACGUAAAAUUAAAAUAGAUAAGCGAUUUCAAAGUAUGUUCAAAGAUAAAAAAUUUUCAAUAAAGUAUACAAUUGAUAAACGUGGAAAACGUAUUAACCAAACUUCAACGGAAAAUCUUAGGAAAUAUUAUGAACUAACUAGUAGUGAAGACGAAACUACUGCACCUGAAGCUAGUUCCAAAACAAAAAAGGCUAGAAAGAAAGGAAUAUUGAAGCAUAGUAAUAGAGAAGUAGAAAAUGAGGGUGUGGUCCACCAGAAAGAUGACUCAGAAGAGUAUAUUUCUGAUCAAGAUAACUUAAUAUCUAUACAAUCAAAGGAAAAUACGAGUGUAGAUAUAAAUACUGAUAACUUAUCAGAUACAGUUGAUUUAGAUUCAGAUUUAAGAGAAAAUGAAGAACAAUUACAUAUAAAAAAUAAAGAUGAAAAUUUAAAACUAACAGAUCAAGUGAAAGAAAGAUUACAAGAUCUCUCUGUUAAUUAUGCUAGAGGUGAAGGAGUUUUAUUAACUGAUAGUUCUUCCGAUGAAGAAAGUUCCGAGUACAGUGAUGAAAGUGAAGACAUAGAACAUCGUUGGGGUGAAUUAGAUAAAGAUGCGGAAACGACAGAAGAAAGCACUCGUCGAUUAGCUAUCUGCAAUAUGGAUUGGGAUAGAAUACGUGCUGUGGAUUUAAUGGUUCUAUUUAAUUCAUUUUUACCCAAUGGUGGUCUUAUUUAUUCUAUUAAGAUUUAUCCAUCAGAAUUUGGUUUACAACGUAUGAAAGAAGAAGAAAUAAAAGGACCGGUAGAACUGGUUAAUGAUAAAACAGAAGAAAUUCAUAGUAAAAGUGAUAAUGAAGAGGGCUCAGAUUAUCAUAUGGAAAAAUUAAGAAGAUAUCAAUUAAACCGAUUAAAGUAUUAUUAUGCAGUGUUGGAAUGUGAUUCCGUAGAAACAGCAAACAAAAUUUACACAGAGUGUGAUGGUAUUGAAUACGAAUCCACAGCAACAAAAUUAGAUUUAAGAUUUAUACCAAAUGACAUGACAUUCGAUCAAGAACCUCAAGAAGUAUGUACUGAAUUACCGGAACUUUCAAAAUAUCAACCACGUCAAUUUACAACUACUGCAUUGCAACAAGUGAAGGUAGAAUUAACUUGGGAUGAAACAAAUCUAGAAAGAGAAGAAAUAGCGAAUAAGCUUAAUUCUGGAAAAAUUAACGAAAUAAAUGAAAAUGAUUUACAAGCCUAUUUAGCAAAUGCAACUAGUGAUGAUGAUACAGACAAGGAAAGUGGACAAAAUAAUACACGUGAAACAGAAAAUCAAGAUGAUCCAAAUGCACCUAAUGAUCCCAUUGAGAAAUAUAAGUCCUUAUUGAAACAGUUAGACAAAGAUGAAGAAGCGAAGAGAAAAAAAGAUGUUGAAUUAGAAUUUACAUGGGGCAUAGGAACGAAGGAGAAAGCAGAAAAAUUGGUCAAAGAAAAACUAAAUAAGGACGAAGAUUUGACUCCCUUCGAAGAAUAUUUAGCAAAGCGAAAGGCCAAACAAAAAGCAAGAAAGGAAGAAUUAAAGAAAUUUAAGGAAUUACGCGACGAUAACAUACUGAAUUCGGGAGAUUCUGAUAUUGAUUCUUCUAAGGAGAGAAAUGGCCAAUUACGUUACAAAAAACAAAAAAUACCUGAAAAAAAUAGCGACGUGAAUUCGUCUACAGAAGAUGGAGAAACGAAACAUGCAGAUGAAUUAGAAUUACUUUUAAUGGAUGAAACUGAGAGUGAAAAUAAGAAACAUUUUAACAUGAAAAAAAUUGAAGCUAAUACAGAUUUAUCAAAAUCUAAACGUAAGAGAUUGAAGAAAAAGCAAAAUCUACAAGAAAUUGAGAAGGAUGAUUUUGAAGUGAACGUGAAGGACACUAGAUUUGCUGCACUCUAUACAUCGCAUUAUUUCAAUAUUGAUCCUGCAGAUCCUCAUUACAGAAAAACUAAGGGCACUGAAGCGUUAAUUCAAGAGAAAUUAAAAAGAAGAACCGAAGAUAUUCCAGUCAAUGAGACGGAAAAUGGAAAGAAACCAUUCAAAAUUAAUAAAAAAUUGGAUGUAGAAUUACAAGCAUUAGUUAAGUCUAUAAAGAGAAAUACUAGAACUAGAUUUCAACCAUUAAAAUGAUAACUUUGACGGUAAAAUUUUAUCUAAAAAGAAAAAAAGUUAAAAAAAACUAUAUCACUCAAAUUCUUUCAAAUAUCGAACGUAUAUCUAUUACUAUUUAAAUUUUACUAAAUGUAUUGGUAUAAUGAGGAUUGUAUUAUAAAAAAUGCAUGAUUGUUGUAAUACGUUUUAUUAGAGUGCGGAUUUCAUAAGCAAUGUUUAUUACAUAUUACACAUGAAUAUAUAAACAUCUAUAUAAACAUCAAUUUUAACACAGUCACUUACAACAUUUAAUUUCUUUUUUUUUUCACACACAUUUAGUAAUUCAUUUUCAUUCUUUACAACAUAUUAAAUAAACAUUCUUGUCGUAAAAUAAUUAGCAAAAUUUGAUUUGUACUCAUUUAGAUUAUAACUUAAUCAGUCAAUCUCAGAUUUAUCUGAGUCAGCAUUGCUUCUAUUUCAAAACUAUCAAAUAUGAAAAUUAAAAAACUACAAUUUUAUGAUUUCCACUGAAGGAAGUGUACUAUCGUAAAAACAAAUAGUUUAUUAUUUUCAUAUUAUUUUUCAUUUAAUAUCUCUGGAGAUAAUAGCAAGUCGAACAUUUAACAAUUAGAAUAAUAAACAUUCAUAUACUCGAUUAAUGAUUAGGAUUAUUCUUCCAUAUCUUAUGCAAUGCACUAUUUCUUAAACUUGCUUUCAAAAUAAAUAAUCUCUUUAGCGAUCAAUAUAGCUAACAGUAUUUUGUAACUAUUAAAGAUAUGUCUAUUACCAGUACUGUACAUAGGAUUAUUGUAUUUUAUAAAAUAACUAUCAAAUUUAUGUGUUCAUCAGUUCCGCUUCAAAUCUAAAAUUAGAUGCUUCUCUUUCUUUAGUUAUAUGUAAACUAUUCUUUAGUUAUGUGUAUCUUUGAUCUAUUGCAAAGCCAUAACAAAGAAUUUCAAAGUUUGAAAAUAUAUAAUGCAAAUACAGUAACUAUUACUCGAUAUAUUUUUAUCUACAACGAAGAUAGAAAAGUGAAGUAUAUUAUUGUCUAAAUAUACAUAUUUUUCUCUCAUUCAGAGAAACAAACGAUGAGGAAGACUGAAAAGAUCUUUCAACAAAAAUAACAUUGUCUAAGAAAAACAGAAUGACAACAUUGGAUUCUGUGUAUAAAAUCAGAAGCGGUCUGAUUAUAUUCUUUUUACUUUCAUUACUUUCAAUAUAGAUAAAUAAAUCAUCUAAAUAAUAUUAAUAUGAUAUCCAUUCACUUAAUUUAAAAUUUCCAUUUAACUCGAUCAGGAUAUACAAAUUUAUGAAUUUAACUUAGUAAAACAUACAUUUCUCGAGGCCUUUAAUUGAUGUAAACUAAAAACAAUAACUUUCGAAAAUAAUUUUCUUUUGUUAUUUGCUUUCAAACUGAAGUAAAAGUUCGAUGCAAUGGCAUUAACAAACCUAUGCUUAUACCAUAAAAUUACAUUAUUAUCACAAAUCGGAGUUAUAAAUUAUAUUACAUUAUAACAUUUUUGUAAGAAUUAUGAAUUUUACAAAAAUUUUUAAGAGAAAUUGACGCUAAUAGCAUUUAAAUACCAUAUAGUUAGACGGAAUCCAAUCUUUUCGUUUCCUAACGAAUAAACACACAGAAAACAGCGAACUACGAAUUAAAACGACUAGAUUAUCACGAUUUUAAUCAGUAUCUUCUGCCCCAGAAGAUUGUGCGACAGUUACAGAAGGUGGUAUAAUUAAUUUAUCAUCUUCCAUAUCCUCUUCUGGAAACAAGAAGUUAUCGCCUUCGCGUACUUCUUCUUCUCGGGCAGGUUCCGGUGGAAUCGAUGUGUCUUGACCAUGCUGUUUCAAGUGAUCUUUUAAAGCAAAUGCUCUGCCAUAAGAUGCACCACAGACAUAGCAACUAAAUUUUAAAUUAUUAUCUUUUUUAUGUGUUUGAAUGUGUGCUCUUGCUGCAUAUAAGGAUGCGAAAGGUCUGGAACAUUCAGUACAACGGAAUGGCUUCGUAUGACUGUUCUUAUGACCAGCCAAUUGGACUCUGGUUUUAAAGGUUUUGGGACAGUAAGGACAAGUAUAAGCACGCUCUUCUCCAUGCGUAAGUAAAUGAUGAUUAUAUACCGAAGAAGCUUUAAAUCUUUUGCCACAAUGUUGACAUCCAUAUGGUCUUACUCCUGUAUGCGUCCUCAUAUGUAAUGUCAAGCAGUACGAAACACGGAAGGUUUUACCACAAACCUAACGAGGGAAAGAUAAUCGUUUCUUUCUAAAGAUGUUUUAUACCAAUAUUGCAUACAAAUUAAUGUAUCAGAAUCAUAAAAAUAUAAAAAGAGAAAGAAAGAAGAUAUGAUGCAUACUUCGCAAACAUGAGGCUUCUCUCCGGUAUGAAUACGUUCGUGUUUUACUUUCUCGUGUGGUCUAGUAAAUCGUCGACCGCAGUGUUGGCAUUGAUAAGGUUUCUGAGUUUCGACAGAUUCAUUUACUUCAUUUACGACGGGAGGAGUCGGAGAUUGUGACUGACUCAACUCGUUAUGCACUGCAGCGUGCAUCGCCAAACUAUCGGCAGAAUCAAAUUUUCUAUUACAAAUUGUACAAGUUACGGAAUCACCUGUAUGCAGCGACAUGUGUGCUUCUUUAUAUGAUUCUGAUAAGGUUUUACCUAUAAAUGGUUAACGACACACUUAAUGAAAGAAUAUAAUUUAUUAUUUAUUAUCUACACAAAAGAUGAAAUUACCACACUCGGGACAAGUAAACGUUGCGUCAAGAGUUCCUUCUGGUGCAUCAACGUGUCGUGCUCUCACUGGCGCAUGCAUUCGAGAAUGCAAUCGUAAGCUUUUGUGCGAACAAAACUCUGUACCACAUGUAGUGCAUAGGAACACUUGUUGAUUAGAAUCAGUGUCACCUUCGUGUAUCCUUGAAUGAAUUUGUAAUGCGUUUGGUGUAGCAAAUGCUUGAUCACAAAUGUCACAAUGAUUAUUACCAUUAGGACAUAUAUGUUCUUCAAAACAUGCUAAUUUUGUAAAUUGCUGCGAACACUGAUUACAUUUGUACAUUUUCGAUGGGGCAGUGGGAGCUGUUGUUUUCUCACUCACCUUGAUAUAUAAAAUAUAAGCUAAGUCGUUACAGAUAUUAUUUAAUUAUAAUAUUUUACAAUUCUAUUAUAUCGUAUAGUU